AGACUAAGUUCCAUCAAGUUAACACUGACGAGAUAAAUCCUCCGACAUAAACUAAUUAAUUCUCUGCAUUAUCUUCAUUUUCUCAGUACAACCAAAAAUGUCAUUGAUCCCUCAGCUUCUGCGAGAAAUCUAUCAACCCUUUAACUCAACGAGCGCUGCGCUUGCGCCUGUCGACUGGAAAGAGACGCCGGAGGUCCAUGUGCUGAAAGCUGAUCUUCCAGGGCUGAAGAAAGAAGAGGUGAAAGUUGAGGUGGAAGACGGCGGAAAGAUUCUGCAGAUCAGCGGCGAGCGGGCUGUGGAGAAAUCAGAAGAAGAGAAUAAGGAUGAGAAAUGGCAUCGCGUGGAGAGGCCGCGGGGCGGGUUUCAGCGCCGGUUCUAUUUGCCGGCGAAUGCAAAGACUGAUGAAGUGAAAGCGUCGAUGGAGGAUGGAGUACUCACUGUCACCAUUCCUAAGCAGGAAAUCAAGAAGCCUGAGAUCAAGACUAUUGAAAUCGUCACCAAUUAAUUGAUGAUUGAUUCCAAGUGUGGGGAGGGCGUCCAAACUGUUGUUUAAAUAAUUUCUGGAUUGUUUCUAUUGUUAAUUCAGCUUUGUUCCAUUUCGUUGUUUCAUGGGGGUAUCACUAUCGCUGUCAUCAGCACCCGCAAAAGUCAUGUAAUCUUGGUUUUGUAAUGAAUAAAACUUGUCCUCUCUCUUAAAUA